UUUACUGUGUAGUAUGUGGAAACCAAAUUGCAAGUUCUGGGAGUUGUUGGACGUCUCCACCCUCUCACACCUGCAGGGAGUUCCAGGAGAGGCGGGCCCAGCAGGCGGCUCUUGGAACCGCUAUGCCCAUGCUGCUGCUGUGGGUGUCUGUGGUCGCAGCCUCUGCGCUGGCAGCGCCAGCCCCCGGGACAGACGGGCAGAGGCGGCGAGCAGCCCCGGUGCCUAACGUGGUGCUAGUUGUGAGCGAUUCCUUCGACGGAAGGCUAACAUUUCAUCCAGGAAGUCAGGUAGUGAAACUUCCUUUUAUCAACUUCAUGAAAACACAUGGCACUUCGUUUCUGAAUGCCUACACAAACUCUCCAAUCUGUUGUCCAUCACGUGCAGCAAUGUGGAGUGGCCUCUUCACUCACUUAACAGAAUCUUGGAACAAUUUUAAGGGUCUAGAUCCAAAUUAUACAACAUGGAUGGAUGUCAUGGAAGAGCAUGGCUACCAAACACAAAAAUUUGGAAAACUGGACUAUACUUCAGGACAUCACUCCAUUAGUAAUCGUGUGGAAGCAUGGACAAGAGAUGUUGCUUUCUUACUCAGGCAAGAAGGCAGGCCUAUGGUUAAUCUUAUCCCCAACAAGGCUAAAGAAAGAGUGAUGGAAGCAGACUGGAGGAAUACAGACAGAGCAAUAAAUUGGUUAAGAAAGGAAGCAAUUAAUUACACUAAACCAUUUGUUCUGUACUUGGGAUUAAAUUUACCACACCCUUACCCUUCACCAUCUUCAGGAGAAAACUUCGGAUCGUCAACAUUUCAUACAUCUCUUUUUUGGCUUAAAAAAGUAUCUCAUGAUGCCAUCAAAAUCCCCAAGUGGUUGCCUCUGUCAGAAAUGCACCCUGUAGAUUAUUACUCUUCUUAUACAAAAAACUGCACAGGAAAGUUUACAGACAAAGAAAUUAAGAAUAUUAGGGCGUUUUAUUAUGCUAUGUGUGCUGAGACAGAUGCCAUGCUUGGUGAAAUUAUUUUAACUCUUCACCAAUUAGAUCUUCUUCAGAAAACUAUUGUCAUAUACACUUCAGACCAUGGAGAGCUGGCCAUGGAACAUCGACAGUUUUAUAAAAUGAGUAUGUAUGAAGCUAGUGCCCAUGUUCCACUGUUGAUAAUGGGACCAGGAAUUAAGGCCAACCAACAAGUAUCAAAUGUAGUUUCUCUGGUGGAUAUUUACCCUACUAUGCUUGAUAUUGCUGGAAUUCCUCUGCCUCAAAACCUUAGUGGAUACUCUUUGUUGCCAUUAUCAUCAGAACCAUCUAAGAAUAAACGUAAAGUCAAAAACCUACGUCCUCCAUGGAUUCUGAGUGAAUACCACGGAUGCAAUGUGAAUGCUUCCACCUAUAUGCUUCGAACUAACCAAUGGAAGUACAUAGCCUAUUCUGAUGGUGUUUCAGUAUUGCCUCAACUCUUUGAUCUUUCCUUGGACCCAGAUGAAUUAAAUAACAUUGCUGCAAAAUUUCCAGAAAUUACUUAUUCUUUAGAUCAGAAGCUUCGUUCCAUUAUAAACUACCCCAAAGUUUCUGCUUCUGUCCACAGAUAUAAUAAAGAACAGUUUAUCAUGUGGAAACAAAGUAUAGGACAAAAUUAUUCAAAUGUUAUAGCAAACCUUAGGUGGCAUCAGGAGUGGCUGAAAAAUCCAGAGAAGUAUGAAAAUGCCAUUAAUCAGUGGCUUAAAACCCACAUUGCUUCACAAUUUGAAUAAAAAUAAGAAAAUAAUGUUCUAGAGCUACUUAUAAAUAUGUUCAUAUGUAUUUUAAAUGAAACAAUUUAGUAAUUACUUUUACUUUUAAAGAAUGUAUUAUAACUUAAAAUGACAGUGAUUAUAGAAUUAUGUAUUUUCAGAAGACUAAGUUGCUUAGGGUAUUGCUAUGUUGCUGAGGCUGGUUUUGAAUUUGUGAUACUACUGCCUCAACUUCCCUUGCCACUGGGAUUACAAGCCUGUACCACCAUGCCUAGCUAUUCUUGCAGACUACUAAAGAUUUAAUGGAAAUAUCAAAAGGAUGACAGCAACUACUAUACUAUACAGUUGUUACUCUGAUUAAAUACAGAAUAUAAAAUAUUUUAAUAACUAUUAUUAACUUGCAAACCAUAAAAUAAUAUGUAUUUGACAGUGUCUGAGUUAUUUGUAUUUGAUGGGAUCAUUUAGAUUUAAUGAGAAUAUUAGGAUUCUUCUAGUGUUUUCUUAACAUGUAGAAAUUUGUACUUUCAUGUAACCAAUUUUAUGAAUCUUUAUACCCUAUAAGUAUAUACAAUUAUAA